AUGGCAAUAUUAUCUGAAUACGAAGAAGAGGAUCAAAAGAAGCCGACGACUUCGUCUGUCAAAAAGGCACAGUUUAGCUCCGUGCUUGAUCCGUCGGACCCGAUUGGAUUUCUGGAGAAGGUUUUUGAGUUUGUUGCAAGGGAGAGUGAUUUUUUCAAGAGCAAUUCGUUGGUGAAUGAUGUGAGUGCUGUGGUUCGGAUGGUGAAGGACAAAGUGGAGGCCGAGGAGAAGAAGAGGACGAAGGAAUUGAAGGCCAAAGAAAAUGCAAAGGCCGAAAAGGAAGCAAAGGUGGAGCCACCAGUUGCUGAGGCGGUGCAAAAGGAAGUGGUGAAGGCAACGGUGGCUGAGAAGGAGGUAAAUAGAGAAAGUGAGACCAAGGUGGAUGAGAAAAAAGGGCCUCGAGCUCCUAACAAAGGAAACGGUUUGGAUAUGGAUAACUAUUCUUGGGGUCAAUCAUUGCAAGAGGUUAACAUCACUGUUCCCGUUCCUCCUGGAACGAAGUCGAGGUUCAUUACAUGUGAAAUAAAGAAGAAUUAUCUAAAAGUUGGGCUUAAAGGCCAAUCUCCUGCCAUCGAUGGGGAACUUUUUCAGCCUGUGAAGGUUGAGGACUGCUUCUGGAGCUUAGAGGAUCAGAAAUCCAUCUCUGUACUCCUAACCAAGCAGAACCAGAUGGAAUGGUGGAAAUAUUUAGUGAAGGGUGAGCCCGAGAUUGAUACUCAGAAAGUAGAACCUGAAAACAGCAAACUGUCGGACCUGGAUCCCGAAACCCGUACAACUGUGGAAAAAAUGAUGUUUGACCAACGACAGAAAUCCAUGGGCCUUCCGACAAGUGAUGAGAUGCAGAAACAAGAGAUUCUGAAGAAGUUUAUGGCUGAGCACCCGGAAAUGGACUUUUCGAAGGCAAAGAUCAAUUAA